AUGUCGGGAGGAAUCGAGGAGCCGUACUCGAUCGCAGCACUGCCGAAGCCACUCGAUUCUGAGAAUGGGAGAAUUCUGGGUGCAAAUGUGUACAGCCUCUCAGGAUCGAAGAAGAGAAAACGGCGAGAAGUCGCUGUAGGCGUCGAUGGAGAAAGCGUCAAUAUCUACAACAUCCAAGACCAGACGAUUGCGACUUCAUACGCUCUCCCGCCACAGUCCUACCUCGCCGCUCCGCCAUGCUCGAUAUACUGCAGGAGAACGAAGCCACAGCAGCCGCAGAGGCAAACAUAUAUUGCUGUCCAUGACGGAAGAAAUGCGCAUAAAGCUCGUCUGGUUAGUAUAACGGAGAAUCUUGGAAAGCCGCAGAGCGAUGAACGAGAACCACGAGCUCCAGCCCGGCGAGAGCGCAAACUCAGAGACGGGAAGGUCGUUUCGGUGGAUGUUGUCAGUCCUGGCAGUGACGAUGGGUCACAGACCGGUGACAGAUCGGUGCUUGUAUCAUACGACAAUGGCAACGUGGACUGCAUAUCGGCCGACAUAUCCUCAUCCAGAUGGGAACACACUAGAGCCGAUGAGAGCGAUGCUGAGGUAGAGUUUACCGCCGUGGUAGACCUCGACACUGCGCGCAAGGGCCUAUUGAAGAACCGCGAAGAUGUUGUUGCGCUCCUGGAUACGACCAAUCUAGGAAAGGAAGGAGACCGUACCCUCCCUCUACUUAUCCAAGUCAUACACUCCGAAGCACGAAGACUGUUAUCUAUUUAUGCGAUCCGAAAUGCGACUGGCCAAACUCUACAUACCUAUCAAUCUCCACUGGAGGAAAUCCUGAACUACGAGCUGCCCUUCCGCCAGAGACACGGCGCUGACUUUGCCUACUACGAACUCCAAGCUGGCUCUGGUAUGCUAUACCAGCGACUAGGUAGUCGCUUGAGUGUCGUCGAUCUCUCGGGCACUACUCCAAAGCUCUCGUUUGAACUUGGUCGCAAAGGAACGCCAAUUGUGAGCAGUUUCACGCGACUGUCGGUGGCCACCGUGCUUGUCGUGUCACCUAGCAAGAUUGGCGUAUAUGAUACCAAGUAUGGCUCGUUGUUGAGCUCGCUUGACUAUCAGAAUGCCCAGGAAAGUGGGAGCACCGCAGGGAACCAACUCCUGGACCAGACACACCCUCCGCUUUCGAUCGUUACCCAGUUCCAGGAUCUCAGCAUCGUUGUUGGAUUUUCCGGCACGAACAUUGUCGCCUGGCAGGUUGGCGACAUGCUGGACGAUGGCAGACGAGCCAAAGCUCAUGGUCCCUUGCUCCUCGAAGUAAUGGACAAAGGCAAGGUCACGCAUGAAAUAACGGGGACCUCACAGAAGCAGGAAAAGAAGCGAAAGAGGUGGGAAGAUUGGAAGUCACGAGUGGAUCAGUCGAUCGGUGACAAUGAUAUCGAAGGUCUUGAGGAUAUUGUCGUGAAAGAUUUCAAGAUCAGCACCACUGCACAGACUCCAGAAACACCAAACGGAGAUGCCAAUGGUCAUGCCAACGGCUACUCGCAACACGAAGAUGAGGAGUGGGACCUACCGCCGCAAACGUUCGACCCGCAGUACGUGAAUCGAGCGAAAGCUGUAUACCUUCUGGGAAAGACCUUUCGAAUGCGACCAUUUGAAUCGAACGUGCAGUCCGGCGACUUUCAUCUCGAGAUUGCAGUGCUCUCGAGAAACAUCUUGCGAUGGCUUGCGAUUGCUGGCUUCCUCAGGGCAGACGAGAUCCAGCUCGCGUUAGCCGACGCCACGUCACAAUUACACGCCCAUCCACAAGUCGCACCAGGUGACGUGAUGGCCGCAAUUGGCGACGCUGAGCCCAGCCUCAGACUCAUGUGUGACCUGGUGUCGCUGCCUGUACACUGGGGCAUUGAAGAUGUCGUUCGAGGUAUACAAUUCUUGAUACGGACCCUGAACAACCAAGACCCUUCUUCGACGAACAACGAGCCGCUCAAGGCGCUCACGAACGGCGAUGUAAUCAUGAACGAUGGCGACCUGGAGUCUGAGAUAGCUGCAACAAUUACGCAGGUGGACGAAACUCAAAUGCUCAUGGAAUCUGGCCUCGAAGUGCGUAGUGAGGUGUGUCGCCUACUUCUGGCACGCCUGCAGUCGUUCCCGCACAAGUCCGUUGUACAAACGAUGCAUCACAUGAUGACCGACGACGAUAUCAUGUUCUUCAUCGUCAUUCUGCGCUCUGAGCUCGUCAAUGGCGGAUGGACGCAGAAGUACAUUGAACAGAGCAGCGACGAAGAGGACACCUUUGCGGACCUAGCCAAUGCCCAGGAGGUCACUUCCAACAGUCAAACUAUUCGGACACUUGCAAACCUAUCCAGUUGCGCCAUCGAUGCCAUUGGGCUUAGUGGAUGGGUGGUUGGCCGCAAAGCGAAUGCAGAACACGCACUGCACUUCAUCGAGACCUUCAAAAAUGAAGUUUCAGUGGCACUUGAAGGGCUCUUCCAAGUGGAAAGCCUCAACACCAUGCUCGGAGACGUCAAGAGAACGGCUGGCGGCCUCCAGCAACAGCCUCGUCGCAAGCGGAAGCGGCACGACGAAGAUCUGCAGAGUCCGGAGCGGACUUGGAUGCCUGUUGGAGGGAGAGCAGAGCCUCCGGUCGUCAAUACGUGGACCACCAAGACGGGCAGAAAGAGCAAAGCUGCCAUCGCGGAGGAGAAGAACAGGAACGUGGGCAAGUACUCUUUUGAGAGGAUCAGGAUAUGA